UAAAUUAAGCAUUUUCUUUGAUGGAUGAUGAAGAGGAAGAGUGUUGUGGUUCUGGUUGUAAUAAUUGUGUCUUGGACAGGAAGCCGAGAAACUUCCGGAAAUCAAUAGAGAAUUCUGUGAAUGUUUUUAAUGAGAAGUACGUGAGAUUCUCAAUCGAGACAAUUAAACAAGUAGCAACAAGUGUAUAUUCAAUAAGUUUUCGGUGCAAAUCUGAGGAAUUGACUGGGAGAUGUGUUCUGGGAAUCCCACCAGGAUCUUAUCUUCAGCUAAGAUGCCACACGAAAGCUAUAAGGAAGGAUCAAAAUCCAAUAUUCAAAGAUUUCACUUUCUACGAUAAGCAAGAUGAUUUCCUAUCUCAAAUAGAAGUUCAGGAUCGGCAUGACAAGGACACAUCCAGAGACUAUCUCAGCCGGCCUUAUACUCCAAUUAAUGUAGAUACUAGGAAUCUCACAUUUGACAUUCUUUUUAAACCGGAAAGGUUUGGAAAAAUGACUCAACUUGUAACGAAAUUGUAUGAAGGAGAUGAAGUUGAAUUUAAAGGACCUUAUGGAGAAUUAGUUUAUCAGCCAAAUACCUUUAGUCACCUGUAUUUCUUCAGUCACGGAGUUGCAGUAGCGCCUUUGUACAGUCUUAUAUCUUCAAUCGUGAAUGACGAGAGUGAUGAAACGUUUCUCCACCUCGUUGCAUGCUACCGAAAUAUGAAUGAGGCACUCCUUCGGGAUGAAGUGCAGACUUUGCAGCAAUUUUGGAAUUUCAAUGCGUCAAUAUUUCUGCCACAUGAAACAACUGACAUUGAAGGCCGUGUUAAGUUUUGCGAAAGCAUUUACAAGAAACGAUUACAGAGAGAGGAUAUAAGUGAAAUUGUUAAGUUUAGAGAUAGAACGUCAUAUUUUCUGAUUUGCGGUACAGAAAAAUUCACAAGAGCUGUUAAAGAUAGUUUAAGGAGUUUAGCUGUAGACGAAGACAGGAUUUUUGUAUUCAAAUAAAUUAGUUUUAUAGCUUUGAAGGAAGUCUGUUCUUGCUGGAUGAUCGAACCUUGGGCAAAUCAAUGGAGGAAGUCUUGGUCUUAGCCGCUUGUUCCAGUCCACCC